AGGCCGCACACGCUGGACGCAAGUCGCAAGGGGCGCAAAAUAAGAAAACAAAAAGCACGCGUGCUCUGGGUCUCUCUCAAUCCCUCGCGCCAAUUCUCCUCUACAUCGCUGGUCGUGGGCGCAACAGCUGCAGAGAUCUCGACCUCACCCUCCACCCCCACCGCCCUCACCGCACCGACCCUGACGGCUUCCUGGCCCCAUACGCCGAGACUCGAUACACGACGCUUCGAUAAAGAAUCGCGACCAUGGAUGUUGCCGGCUUGCGGGACCGCAUUCAGGCGACACUCGACCCGAAUGCCGCCAUUAGACAGCAGGCCGAGCUCGACUUGAAGCAUGCUGAAGAGAAGCCUGGCUUCACAGAUGGCCUGCUGAACAUCCUUGAGGUGGAACAGGACCACGCUGUGCGAUUGUCAACUGUCGUCUAUCUCAAGAACCGCGUCUCCAAGGGCUGGUCACCCGCUGAGGAAUACAGCCAGGCCAAGCCCAUACCAGAGGAGGAGAAGGCGUCUUUCCGCAACCGCCUCGUGCCCGUCCUCGUCGCCUCCCCGCCGCAGGUGCGCCUCCAGCUUAUUCCUACCCUCCAGAAAAUCCUCGCAUACGACUUCCCCGCAAAAUGGCCAAACUUCCUCGACAUUACUAUACAGUUGCUUAAUGCUGGAGACAUCGCAUCGGUCUUUGCGGGCGUGCAGUGCUUGCUGGCAAUAUGCAAGAUCUACAGGUUCAAGUCGGGCGAAAACCGGGCAGACUUCGACAAAAUCGUCGCCAUGACCUUUCCGCAGCUGCUCAACAUUGGCAACUCGACAGCGAGUGAGACAAGUCUGGAAGCCGGAGAAAUUCUACGCACAGUCUUGAAGGUGUACAAGCACGCUAUCUACUUCGAUCUCCCCGCAUCACUCCGCGAGCAGCAGACUAUGGUCGGAUGGUGUACGCUCUUCCUGACCGUCGUUGGCAAGGAACCGCCAGAGAGCUCCCUCCCCGAAGAUCUCGACGAGCGGGAAAUAAACCAUUGGUGGAAGGCCAAGAAGUGGUCCUAUGCAAAUUUGAACCGCCUAUACGUCCGGUACGGCAACCCAUCCGCCUUGGGCAAGAACAACGAGGUCGACUACACUGAGGUGGCCAAGAACUUCAUCGCGAACUUCGCUCCUGAAAUCUUGAAGGUCUACUUACAACAGGUCGAGAAGUGGGUCGGCAAGCAGAUCUGGCUAUCAAAAGCCAGUCUUUACUAUACCCUGAACUUCCUGGACGAGUGCAUCAAGCCAAAGUCCAUGUGGACUUUGCUGAAGCCACACGUGGACAACCUCAUCUCACAUCUCAUCUUCCCCGUUUUAUGCCAAUCGGACGAGGAUAUCGAGCUUUUCGAAGAGGAGCCGCAGGAGUAUCUCCACCGAAAGUUGAACUUCUACGAGGACGUUACCGCACCAGACGUUGCAGCUACGAACUUCCUGGUCACACUCACAAAGAGCCGCCGGAAGCAAACCUUCAGUGUGCUCAACUUUGUGAACGAGAUUGUGAACCGAUACGAGGCCGCGCCAGACAACGACAAGAAUCCGCGGGAGAAGGAAGGCGCACUACGCAUGAUUGGCACACUCUCUGGUGUCAUAUUGGGAAAGAAGAGUCCUAUUGCAGAUCAAGUCGAAUACUUCUUCGUUCGCCACGUUUUCCCCGAGUUCCGCAGUCCCCACGGGUUUCUGCGUGCGCGCGCAUGCGAUACGCUGGAGAAGUUCGAACAGCUCGAUUUCAAAGACCCCAACAACCUUAUCAUCAUCUACCGCAACAUUCUAGAGUCGAUGGCCGACCCCACGCUUCCCGUCCGGGUUGCUGCUGCCCUAUCACUACAACCCCUCAUCCGUCACGACAUCAUCCGCACUAACAUGAAGCAAAACAUCCCUCAAGUCAUGCAGCAGCUUCUAAAGCUAGCCAACGAGGUUGAUGUGGACGCCCUAGCUAAUGUCAUGGAAGACUUUGUCGAAGUUUUCGCCCCAGAACUUACACCAUUUGCAGUAGCACUAAGCGAACAGCUACGAGACACGUACUUGCGCAUUGUUCGUGAACUAGUGUCCAGAAACCAAGAUAAGGGCGAUGACAGCGAGUACGGAGACUUCCUGGACGAGAAGAGUAUCACUGCGCUUGGUGUUCUGCAGACGAUCGGUACUCUCAUCCUUACUCUCGAGAGCACCCCCGACGUUCUACUGCAUCUAGAGACGAUUCUCAUGCCGGUAAUCACCAUUACGCUUGAAAACAAGCUCUACGACCUAUACAACGAGGUCUUCGAAAUUAUCGACAGCUGCACAUUUGCCGCAAAGAGCAUAUCAGCUACCAUGUGGCAAGCUUUCGAACUGAUCCACAGAACGUUCAAGGCUGGUGCAGAGUUGUACCUUGAAGACAUGCUACCCGCUUUGGAGAACUUUGUCAACUACGGAACCCAAACGUUGAUACAGAACCGCCCAUAUCUCGAUGCGAUUGUCGACAUGGUACGGACAAUCUUCAAGGACGACAAGGUCGGAGGCGUUGAUCGUAUCUGCGGCUGCAAGCUGGCCGAGAUCAUCAUGCUCAACAUGCGGGAUCACGUCGAUGACUUCGUCCCGGAGUUCAUCUCCCUAACCAUGCAGGUUUUAACGAAUGACGAGCCCAAGGUCAAAUCCCUGCGGAUACAUCUGAUGGAAGUAGUCAUCAACUCCAUCUACUACAACCCGGCUCUGGCACUCCAUGUGCUAGAAACCAAUGGCUGGACGAACAAGUUCUUCAGCUUAUGGUUCUCAAGUAUCGACAACUUCUCGAGGGUUCAUGACAAGAAGCUAUGCAUCUCGGCAAUCUGCGCACUUCUUACGUUGAGGGCUCAGGAUGUUCCAGUUAGUGUACAGCAAGGCUGGCCCCGCCUGCUGCAGGGUAUUGUGCGAUUGUUCCAGACGCUCCCUGCUGCGUUGAAGAAUCGCGAAGAGGCAAAGAAGGAAGAUAGCUUUGAUUUCGCUGCCGAUUACGAUGACGAGGAAGAAGACGAGGAAUGGGAGCAGGAAGCUGAUUGGAACAACGAGGCGGACGAGACAGAGGACGUCAAGGAUGAAAGCGCUGCAUAUCUCGAGUUCCUGAAUGAAGAGGCCCAGAAAUUCAGUUCGGUUGAUGAUGAAGACGAUGAUGAGCUUGAAGAGGAGAGUCUUCUCGAGACGCCCCUCGACAAAGUCGAGCCAUACGGGAUGUUCAAGCACGCAUUACUUCGUCUACAACAAGAACAACCCGCCCUUUACGAGAAUCUUACCAAAAACCUCAACCCAGAAGAACAACAGGUCGUCGAAGGAGCAGUUCACCAAGCCGAGGUCAUUGCUCAAACACAAGCGCAAGCUCAAGCCGCUGCUGCGAAUGGGAACCCGGUACCGGCAGCUUAGCAGUAGCAAUGUAUCGACAGCAUUGAUGCAUCAACCUUAUCCUUGUCACGCGACACUAAAAAAUAUAGAUAGCUUCCUUUCUUUCCGACACAUUGGAUCCAAUUAGCGAGCAUCCUGGCGUUUUGAUUUCCGGACAAAGAAGACGUAGUCGUGAAGGCUUGUUACGACGGUUGACGGUUGGGAUGGAUGGUAUGGCAUGGCGUUGUUCGGAUUAGUGAUGCUUGUGGGGAAGAAGAGGACGAUAUCCACGAAGGUACAGAUGUGUGGGCAACCACGUUUGUGUGUGCAAGGAAGCGUUUAGUCGGGU